GUGGAAAUACCACGUGUCGCAAAUUGCUUGCGUUACUCUUCUAUAACCAUCAGGCCUACUCUAUUUCUAUUUCCCACCAAACUGAAUCAAUUCCGAGUUCAAGCGUUCAAUUCCGCCCUCUUGAUCAGCAAUCCACCCGUUGCUUGAUCACCUGCCAUCAACUGUUUCUAUCUUCUGCGCAUCGUGUAGGCCCAUGGUAUGAGAUGUCGGUAGUCCAAUCCGUGUCUUGGAUAUGACGCAACCUGUUCCUUCACACUUCACAUUAGCAGUGUAUCCGUACCGUACAUUGAUUAGAGAAUCUGAAGAGAUUCGAUUGAUCUGCAUCCAAACAACAAUAGAUGGACACGUUAAUUACGCUUUGUGCACAGUGUCGAUGCACUCGGGGCCGGUAUAUUAUGCUCUCUCGUAUGUUUGGGGCGACGUAAGCAACCGUGAAUCCAUAGUCGUGGACGGCUAUAACCUCUCCGUCACGGCAACGUUGGCAUCGGCCUUGCGAGAGAUUUCUAGAGAAUAUUCGUCCGACGGUGCUGUUUAUCUUUGGGCAGAUGCCUUAUGCAUCAACCAAAACGACCAGGAUGAACGGAGUUACCAAGUUGGUCUCAUGCAUUCAAUAUAUACAGGCGCUCACCAGGUGCUCAGCUGGUUGGGUUCCAGGGAUUAUAGGGCCGCAUUCAAAUAUAUUCGUACCGGUGCCCAUCUCAUCGAGUCACGCGACGACACGUCCUGGAUUGAGAGGUUCCCUGAGCUGAUGGUCCUGGAUUACGAUCUCAAGUCAUUGGAAGCACGCACACUUUCACAGCCCAAAAGUCAGGAGCCUAGGAUUCUUCCCCCCGAUCCCACUGGGAAUCAUAUCUGGGACACAAUUGAACUGCUCGCCUGCGAUGAAUACUGGACCAGAGUUUGGAUACUCCAGGAGAUAUGGCUUAACAAGGAAACUAUCUUAUUGACCCUUGGCGCGAGGAUACACAUACAGCACCUCUGGGACUUUCUGAUAUGGUUUCAGGAUGUUCAAUUUUACCCUGACGAUCCGGCGAGUCUGCGACCAGAAGGCAUGGAACCUCAACUCUGGAAAAACACAAGAGUAGUUGCACUGUCGUUUGCUAAUAUUAGCAGUAUGAUUGAAGCGCUGCUGCAAGUUCCUAACAUAAACCAGAAACUGGGUAACCGUGAAGCAGAGCCGUUGCUUUUGGAAAUGCACCGGUUCAAUUGCUCGGUACAAGUGGACCGUGUAUAUGGUAUUCGUGCAAUAUCCAACAUGGAGUUAAAGAUCGAUUAUACAUCAUCCGUGGAAAAGGUUUAUGUCACUGCUGCAGAAGAGCUGGUUACGAAGACUAGCUUGGAGAGAAUACUGUUUGGAUGGGGUAUUGGCACAGGUCGUGCUUCGAAAUUGCCAGGUCUACCAUCCUGGGUACCUGAUUGGGGCUUACCUCCAGUAACGGGUUACCUAUCUUCACACGGAACCGGCGCUGGAAUCUCAAAUGCAGAUGAUGAUUUGGACAAGCUUGUACUGGCAAAAGCGAGGAACGGGGUCCUUACCGCCCGAAUGAUUUUUGUUGACAGUCUGGUUGGUGCCACGACAUGGACUACGACGGACGACUUGCGCGAUUUUUGCCUUAACGCAUUUCUGGGCUUCCAAGAUCUUAUUGGCACCAAGCAAAAUAUCGCAGGCAUUGUCCAGGCUCUAGUCUGUAUCAACCAGCCUUUAAAAGGGGAGCACCACCGAAUCCAUCGAGCCAUUGCCUUGUUGUUUUUCUUGAUCAUUGGCAGAGAAUGGCGCAGAAUUCGACAAUGUCGUGGAUACGAGACAAUAUUACAAGCACGUUUGGGCAUCCUGGGGAUUCGACACAACGAGGAAUUCGAAAGUGAUACACGAAAGAUCAUGCUUGGCCAAGAAGUCCCGAGUGAAAGUCGCUCCGCAAGAUACUGGCUGCAGCAUGUGGAAUAUGAUGCAGUUGACUGGAUAAGGAAUUUGCGUUUUGUUUGCAAGAAGCUUGCCAUGGUCGAAACUAAAGGAUCGCGGCUGGGUUUGGGCCCUGUGGGCAGCCAAAAAGGUGAUGAGGUCUGGAUCUUGCCGGGCUCGCACUAUCCGCUCCUGCUGCGGAAAGCAGACGGAGUGAGGAAAUUUGUGGGUAUGUGCCGGAUCAACGGGCUCAUGGACGGUGAAGUAUUUGAGCAGGUCGAGCGUGGUAUCUUGCACUUGGAGGAGGUCAGCAUUGUAUAAGCAGCAUUCCGCACAAAUGGUGCAACUUGCAAGACAUCUUGCAAACCAUGAAUGCGAUGCCAGAGAACGGGCCACCUGUUGUGGAUUAAUGCUGGAUGUCGACAUUAUCACAUAGUUCCACCGGUUACACAAUUGCCGGGCUUGUAGACAACGUCAAACCAAACUGUGGGCAAUGUCACAUGGCAUCCUCAGUCCAGAAA